CCUCCCAUCAAUGACUUCAAAAGUAGAAACAUGGCGGCGUGGAAGUGAGAGACUGACUCAGGCGAGAUACUGCAAAUGAAACAGCAAAAAGUUUAUAUAUGUAUGUUUUAGCGCCUGGAAAGACGUAUUGUUGUAGGUAACACUGGAAUGUCUUCUUCCUGCACCGUGUGCACGCGGAACAGUGUGGAUAGAAAAUAAGGUGUUUGCUCGCCUCCUAAACGCAAAACCCACAACCUCGGUGAAAGCCAGCAGGAUAAAGACGACUGAGAUGAACGGGGAAGUAUUAUGCAAUGGACGCACUACACUUCACAGUUUUUUGAGCCACCAGCCGUCAAAGGCACAGCAGCAUCAUGAGGAGAUCUCUGUCCAGGUCAUCCAAGAGGAGAAAUCCUCAAGGAUAUUUUGCACACAGACUGAGACUCCGAAUAAUUCCAAAAGACGCAGUACUGUAACUGGAGAGCUCAUUCUCCCCACAAUGGCUGUAAAUGAAGACCUCCAAACUUUAAAACACAAAGCAGAGGAAAAGAGUAGGCCAAGGCAGCGCGUGCAGGCCCAUUUUCUCACACCAGCUGAAGUCACUCCAGAAAUCAAAAACACUCGCGCACCAUGUCUGAAGAAGGCCGGCUGCCGUAAAGUCAAAGUGGGGAAGUCUGCAGGGAGAGUUGCAGAGAGCAAGAAUUCCAAUAAUCGAAAGGUCACCGAUUACUAUCCCAUUCGGAGAAGUUCACGGAAAAGCAAAACUGAAUUAAAGUGUGAACAGAAGAAACACUUAGAUGAGCUGAUCACAAAUGGGAUUGAGGACGGAAUGAUGGUGAAGUACAUUGAAGGAAAGGGAAGAGGAGUCUUCGCCACCCAAAGCUUCCAGAAAGGGCAGUACGUAGUGGAAUAUCACGGCGACUUGUUGCUGCAAACCGACGCCAAAAAAAGGGAGGCUGUAUACGCACAAGACCCUGAUACGGGCUGCUACAUGUACUACUUCCAGUAUCUCAGCAAAACCUAUUGUGUGGAUGCCACAAAGGAAACUGAACGCUUGGGAAGGCUAAUCAACCACAGCAAGAACGGCAACUGUCAGACCAAACUCCAUGACAUCAAUGGAAUACCUCACCUGAUCCUCGUGGCCUCUCGAGAUAUAGAGGAGGGAGAAGAGUUGCUGUAUGACUACGGAGACCGAAGCAAAGCCUCUAUAGCCGCUCACCCGUGGCUCAAACACUGACAGAUCUCGAGAAGGGAACAGCUCGUUUCUUAAAAUCCAGUUUUUAAUGUAAAUCUUGCCUUAGCAAAAAGAGAAUGUUUAGGGGGUAGUACUUGUUUGGGUGUGUUCAUCAGUGACUUACACAUUUAGGUUACGAUACAUAUUCCACACGUCCUACAUGAUACUUUUAAAAAAAAUAUAUUUAUCCUGCUAUGACAUGCUAGUUUUGACACUUCUUUUUUUUGUAUGUUUUAUAUACUUGGUAGAGCAGUGCUUCCAAAGCAUGCAGUUAUAGUCAAACUUUCUGCAUUUUUAUAAGGAGUUUUCUUAAGCCAAUGUAUAGUAGUUUAGUGGCUUAGCAAUAACUAUUUAUGAUGUGCAAACAAUUCUGUGGAAUGCGAGUGAUGCUUAGAAGAGCCAUGUUUUAAAAGCUUAAGAAAACUGGAAGGUACCCCCUUUCCCUCGACUUAAUUUGGAGUCUUACUGUUUUACGAUGUUGAGCGUGAUAAUGGAUUUUGAAAAAAUAAAAAUCUGAACUUCUUUUUGAGGGUUCAGAAUAAAAUGACCCGUGAUUAUUCAGCUGAUUCUCGAUGCUGGGAUGGAAGCGUUGUUUAAUAAAAUGAUUUUAUGCAAAA